CUUUACAGAACGCCGUCACCAAAUAAACAGUCGUUGUUAACGUCACUAUAAACCCUAGGGCACUACAAACCCUAAAAAAUUUGCUCUCAAAAUUACAACUAACAAGAACCCAAAUGACAGCAUUUUCAAUGGAGAAGAUAGAAAAAGCCCCAAAAGAGGUUCUGGUUGACAUUGUGAAAUUGGCACAAAAGAAAGGGAUGGAAGGUAGUAAUGGAGGAUGGAAGGAGUUUUUGAGUGUUUAUGAUAAGAAGUUGGGGAAAAGUUUGAGUGAUCCUGCAAGAAGGGCACCUGAUGCAUUGAUUGCUUUUUUGAAAACUUUUAGUAAUGUUGAUGAUUUGAAGUUUUUUGAUAAGGUGGUUGAAAAGCAUGAGAGCAUGGAGCAUAUCGAGAAGAAGACGGAUAAACUGUCUCCUGAACAGGAACUCGUUCACAAGACGGUUGCUCAUCCACACUAUGCACUAAAUUAUUCAUUUCCAUCACAUGAAGAGGGUUGGGUCCUUACAAAGAAUAGAAAAAAGUUAAAAGAAACGAGAUGUAACGCCCUGGUUGCCGUCGAUUGUGAGAUGGUACUGUGUGAAGAUGGCACUGAUGCCUUGGUUAGGGUUUGCGUAGUGGAUCGUGAUCUAAAGGUCCAACUUGAUGAACUUGUUAAACCUGAUAAAGUGGUCGUUGACUAUAGAACGAAUAUAACCGGGGUUAGUGCUAAAGACCUGGAACACGUUACUUGCUCGUUACAAGAUGUACAGGAAUCUAUGAAGAAAUUGCUAUCGAGAGGAACCAUACUGGUUGGUCACAGUCUGAAUAAUGAUCUACAUGCACUCAAGGUAGACCACACAAGAGUAAUUGAUACAUCUCUUGUCUUCAAGUACUGGAGCGGUUCCAAUUUUAAACGACCAUCGUUAAAUGACUUGUGUAAGACGGUUUUAGGGUAUGAACUUCGGAAGGAAGGUGCUCCACAUAAUUGUUUGGAGGAUGCACGGGCCGCGAUGAAACUUGUACUUGCCAAAAUAGACGGGGGAGUUGAUAACAACACUCUUCCUUCUUAUCAAAACAAUGUACAUGAUACUGACGCAAUGAAGUUACUUUGUCACCGCAUACCAAUCUGCGUAUCUGGAGAAAAAUUACUUGAAAUUAUUCCUGGUGAAUUCACCGUUGAGUUAAAGGCAAAUAAGAAAGCCGGAGGAGACAAGUAUGCCGCUUUUGCGGUUUUUAAAGAUAAACAUGCGGCUGAUGAAGCUUUCGAGGGCCUUGUUGGUGACCAGCUUAAAGAUUCAUCUGGGCGACCGCAGAAGUUAGUUUCUUUUAAACUGGAUUCAGGUGUGGCUGGUGAUUUGUAUGUUCGGAAGAUGGUCCAAGAUGGUGACGAUAAUAAUAAUAAUAUCCAGGUGGCAUCAAAUAAGAGGCCACUUGAAGACGAGACUCCAACUCAGCCCAAGAAGUUAAAGACAGACGGGGAGACGCCAGAACCAAAAGAGAUCGUUGUAUGUAAUAAUUGUGAUGGUUAUAUUAACCAGAUUGAAACUCUAAAGAAGCAGUUAAGUGAUCGAGAUCAAGAAAUAUCAAUGUUACACAAGAUCAUAGUUUCUCAAGCAAGAAAACAAUCCGGAAUUUGAAGUUUUGGGGGUCGAGGCUUUCUCAAGGGUUUCAGUUUUGGAUAUUAUUAUUCUUGUAACAUUUUCUAAACUAGUUUAUUGUUGUAAUUCUUUCUUUUUUAAGCAAAGUCUAAAAGACAAAAAAAUUAUUAGAUGUCAAAAGCAAAAGUUUAACAACAUUCAUAGUGUUUCAUCAUCAAAUAGAAUCAACAUUUAGUUA